GCAGUAGGUAUAGCCGGAGCAAUAUAACCUCGAAGAGGAGGCAGAUAACCCGCUAUCUACGGAUGAACUGUCAAUUCCGGUGUUUAGAGGGGCGUGUUUUGCGGCCGUCUGGAGAGGUCGGGGAAAUUCGUGUAGACUGACCAGAGUCCGCGAAUUUCCGUGAGCGCUACCGGUGUACACGAUCGCACACGGUGCACACGCUAAAGCCUCGUUUAAUAAAGUUUAAUCGGCGACCGCGCCCGUUGAACCCGCCUCGAGUGAUCGAGUGUGUCCGCCGCGUGUCCGUUGAUUCAUCACUAUUGCUAUUCGACCGCGUCCCAUCUCGCCAUUCUCGAUUUUCUGAGUUUCUCGUCCGCGCGCGCAAUUGACAGCAUCCUGAGAUAUCCUCUACAAGCAGCAAGCAAACGCGAAAUGACGGAAGUACAUAAUUUGGGUGUCGAUGCCAUCAGCUGUCAUGCAUGGAACAGAGAUAGAUCUGAGGUUGCCAUAUGCCCGAAUAACAAUGAAAUUCAAGUGCACAAACGUACUUCAUCCGGAUGGAAGUUGCUCGAGACCUUGGAGGAACAUCACAUGGCUGUCAUGGGAAUUGAUUGGGCGCCAAAAACUAACCGUAUAGUCACUUGUUCCGCAGACAAGAACGCUUAUGUGUGGACUCAGAAAGAAGAUGGCAAGUGGGAUCCCGCAUGGGUUCUUCUCCGAAUAAAUCGAGCCGCUACUUGUGUAAAAUGGUCGCCCCUAGAAAACAAAUUUGCCGUGGGCUCCGGUGGACGAGUUAUAGCUGUUUGUUACUUUGUAUCAGAAAAUAAUUGGUGGUUAUGUAAACAUAUUAAACGUCCGUUGAGGUCUACGGUAACUACUGUUGACUGGCAUCCGGACAAUAAGGUUCUGGUUGCUGGAUCUACGGACUACAAGGUCCGUGUUUUCAGUGCAUUUAUCAGUGAUAUGGACGAUAAUCCUGGUACAAGUGCUUGGGGAAAAGUACAGAAUAUUACUUUAGGAACAUUGUUGGCUGAGAUUCCUAAUACUCCCAAUGGAGGUGGCUGGAUACAUUCGGUAGCUUUCAGCCCAUGUGGUAAUAAAAUCUGUUGGGUAGCGCACAAUUCAUCUAUAUGUGUUGCUGACGCUACUAAAGGAAACGGAAUCAUAUAUUCGGUCAUGAGAUUGUAUACAGAGCAUUUACCGUUUUUAAGUUGCAUUUGGAUAGAUUCUAAUAACAUUGUUGCCGCGGGACAUAGCUGUAUGCCAAUGUUGUAUUCCAUAGAUGACAACGGACAAAUAUAUUUUGUUUCAAAGUUGGAUAACACACAGAAAAAAGAGAUUGCUGGAUUAUCUGCUAUGCGAAAAUUUCAGUCGCUAGAUCGACAAGCAAGGAAUGAGACGAAUGAUAACGCUUUGGAUAGCGUGCAUCAAAACACGAUCAAUUGUGUUCGCCGAGUAUCCGAUCAUGAAUUUAGCACAAGUAGUCUAGACGGACAACUUGUAGUUUGGGACUUGAAGCUUUUAGAGAAUUCCAUUGCUGGUCUCAAGAUAGCGUAAGCAUGAAACUUUUUUUAUAUUGCGAAGAUCAGAGAUAUUACAUCCAAUACAACGAUGUAUAAAUGUUGAAAUGAAUACUAUACAAUUUCUCAUUAA